AUGAGGAAGACAACCCCGCCCCCCCCAAUAGUGAUCGACUAUCGAGGAUCACGAUGGGUCGCAUCGGGCAGUAACGGGAGUGUGAACGUGGACGGGGUGGUCUCCGUGGCGAUGCAGCUGUGUGAGGGGUGUCACUACGGAGCGGAGCGGAUCGCGUGUGUCUCGUCACGGCUACAGGAGGACUGGAAAGGGCUGACGUCAGUGCUGGAGGAACGCAGCAACACACUGGUCAUGUCCACCGACUUCCACCAGGGGGCAGAACAGUUCCUGGGGCGUGUGGAGGGCUGGUGUGAGGCGUGUGCUGACGACUCGUUGCCGGCUGAGAUGGCGGAGCUGGAGGCGUCCAUACAACAACACCAGACGCUCUGCGAAGAGAUAACAUCAGCCUACACACAGGUCAGUGAGAGUGGUAAAGCCCUAUUGGAAGUGCUUCAGCGUCCGGCGGAGCCUGACGAGUCUGGGUUACCAGCGGUAACCACUGACUUCACAGCCGCAACGCACGGCAUCAUGGGAGUUCUGCAUGAGGUCAUGCAGGGUCACCAGCAUGUUGAAGGGGCGUGGCAACACCGCAAGCUCCGCCUACACCAGCGUCUGCAGCUGUGUGUGUUCCAGCAGGACGUACGGCAGGUUCUGGACUGGGUGGAGCAGCAUGGAGAGGUGUUUCUCAAUAAGCACACCGGUGUGGGGAAGAGCCUCCACCGAGCACGAGCACUGCAGAAACGCCACGACGACUUCCAACAAGUGGCCCAGAACACCUAUACCAAUGCUGAGAAGCUGCUGGAGGCGGCAGGCCAGCUGGCCCAGUCAGGGGAGUGUGAGGAGGGGGAGAUCUACUCUGCUGCUGGGGACCUGGAGCUCCGCAUGCAGGCCUUCAUACAGAGAGUAGAGCAGAGGAAGCUACUGCUGGACCUUGCUGUCUCCUUUUACACACACACCAAAGAGCUGUCAGUGUGGAUGGAGGGUCUCCAGAGGCAGAUGGCGGGGGAGGUGUGUGUGUGUCCUGACUCAGUGGAGGCUCUACAGGCUCUUAUCAGCCAGCAGCAGCAGCAACAAGCCAACACACAGGAAGCCUCGCUCUCUGUCAUCAGGGAGGGAGAGGACCUCAUUCUACAGCUCAGGCCCCAGGGCAGUUCAGUGGGCCAUGUGGAGUCAGUGCUGCAGUCGUUGGAGGAGGCCCAGGUCCAGCUGGAGGAGCUGUUCCACCAGAGGAAGAUCAGGCUGGACGUCUAUCUGCAGCUACGCAUACUACAGCAGUGUUCUCUGGAGGUGUCAGGGGAGAUGGAGGCAUGGAAGCAGGACCUCCAGAAGCAGGCCCAGGACAUCACCACAGAAAAGCUAACGCUAGCACAACCGCGGCUAGUGGACGCUAACCAGGAGAAGCUAGCAUUAGCGCAACCGCGGCUAGUGGAUGCUAACCCAGAAGGGCUAACGUUAGCGCAGCAGCGCAUUCACAGACACAUGGAACGACGGCUAGCCAUGAACAACAUGACCUAUGAGGUCGUACAGCAGGGUCACGACCUUCAGCAAUACAUCACCGAAGUACAGUCCUCAGGUAUUCAGCUGACGGCUGAGGGGGAGACUGAUCUGUCCUCUCAGGUGGAGGGGCUCCAUCAGCUUCUACAGGACAAGCAGAAGGAGCUGCACCAGAUAGUCGAACACACACACACACACCUGGAGCAGGGCUUGCAGCUACGCCACCUACAGAGUCAGGUCAACCAGGUGCUGGGCUGGAUCAGUGAAGGAGAGGUGAUGUUGUCUUCCUGUAUGGUGAACUCCAGCUCUCUGUCUGAGGCUGAACAGCUACAGAGAGAACAUGAGCGCCUCCAACAGGCCAUAGAGUCUCUGCUUCAUGCUGACUCUCUCCAGAGGACCCACCAGGUGGCGCUGGCGCUGCAGCAGCGGGCAGAGCUGCUGGUGAGGGCGGGCCACUACGACCCAGAGGCAGUGAGGGCGUGUGCCCAGACGGUGGCGCUACACUGGCAGACCCUGAUGCUGCGGAUGGAGGACCGCCUCAAACUGGUCAACGCCUCCGCAGCCUUCUACCGGACCUCACAACAGGUAUGUGGUGUGUUGGAGAGCCUGGAACAGGAGUAUCGUAGGGACGAAGACUGGUGUGGUGGCGGAGAGAGGCAGGGGAGCAGGGGCCAGCCGGAGCACCUCAUUCCCCUCAUCAACAAACACAUGGAACAAAAAGAAGCCUUCCUCAAGGCAUGCACCCUGGCCAGACGCAACGCAGAGGUCUUCCUCAAGUACAUCCACCGCAACAGCGUUACCAUGGCAACCAUCUCCGGGCACAGUGCAGGCGCAGAGGUCACUGGUCACUCCCGUGUGCCUGAACAGCAGGUCAAAGGUAUCCUCAGUGAGCUCCUGCAGAGGGAGAACAGGGUUCUACAUUUCUGGACUCUGAAGGAGCGUCGUCUGGACCAGUGUAUCCUCAGUGAGCUCCUGCAGAGGGAGAACAGGGUUCUACAUUUCUGGACUCUGAAGAAGCAUCGUCUGGACCAGUGUAAAUGUGUGUGUGUGUUCCACAUCCUCAGUGAGCUCCUGCAGGUGAACAGGGUUUGCCACUCUGAAGAAGCCUCCCAGUGUCAACAGUAUGCUGUUCCAGUCCACACCCAACAGGCGUUGGAUUGGCUGCAACAGAGUGGUGAGCACUACCUGUCCACUCACACAUCGCCAGGGGCAACCAGUGCAGAGACCCAGGACCUGCUGGCUCAACACAGGGAAUUCUGCAUCUCGGCUAAGCACACUCAGGAGAAGGUGCACCUGCUGAUUCAGCUGGCAGAGAGCAUGCUGGGUAAGGGCCACUCCCACAGGGUGGAGCUACGGAGGUGUGUGUCGACGGUGGACAAGCGCUACCGAGAGUUCUCCAUGCGCAUGGGCCAGUACCGGAACACACUGGAGACUGCACUGGGAGGCUGCACUCAGGACAAUAAGGACCUGGAGCUGGAGCUCAUCCCCAACAGCCUCUCUGACUCUGACCCCGAAGUGAACCUGAACGACCCUAACCACGAGGUCAGCGACGAGAAGAGGAGGACGGCCAGGAAGAAAGAGUAUAUCAUGUCAGAGCUUCUCCAGACAGAGAGGGUGUAUGUGAAGGAUCUGCAGGAGUGUAUUGAUACCUACCUGUGGGAGAUGACCAGUGGCUCUGAAGAGAUCCCCACCAGGAUCGCCAACAAGGAUGACGUUGUCUUUGGGAACAUCCAGGACAUUUAUGAGUUCCAUAACAGUAUUUUCCUGAAGGAGCUGGAGAACUACGAACAGCUACCUGAGGAUGUGGGUCACUGCUUUGUCACCUGGGCAGAUAAGUUCCACAUGUAUGUGACGUAUUGUAGAAAUAAACCAGAUUCCAGCCUUCUGAUCCAGCAACAUGGGGCAGGCUUCUUUCAGGAGGUCCAGAGGAGACAUGGUCUUGCUAACUCCAUCUCCUCAGCGCUCAUCAAGCCGGUUCAGCGCAUCACCAAGUACCAGCUCCUUCUCAAGGAGUUGUUGGCGUGUUGUGAGGAGGGAAAAGGCGAGAUCAAGGAGGGUCUGGAUGUCAUGCUGAGUGUUCCAAAGCGAGCCAACGAUGCCAUGCAUGUUAGCAUGCUAGAGGGUCUGGAGGAGGGCUUGGAGGUGCAGGGAGAACUGCUCCUGCAGGAUACCUUCCAGGUGUGGGAUCCUAAAUCCCUUAUCAGGAAAGGCCGGGAACGCCACCUAUUCCUGUUCGAGCUCUCGCUGGUCUUCAGUAAAGAGAUAAAGGACUCCUCCGGACGUAUCAAGUACCUCUACAAGAGCAGGCUGAGGACAUCAGAGUUGGGGGUGACAGAGCAUAUUGAAGGGGACCCCUGUAAGUUUGCUUUGUGGGUGGGCCGUACCCCCACCUCGGACAACAAGACCGUCCUCAAGGCCUCAUCUCUGGAGCUGAAGCAGGAGUGGGUACGUAGCGUGCGUCAGGUGAUCCAGGAGAGACGUGGCCAUCUGAGAGGAGCGUUGAGGGAGCCCAUCCCCCUCCCCAAGACCCCCCCCACCCUGGUCCGCACACGCAGCAUCAACAGGAGAGACACCAAUGAGGAUGCAGACAGCCUGGGAGAUGCCAGCAGCCAGCCGGACACCGUCUCCAUUGCCUCCCGCACCUCUCAGAACACCGCAGACAGCGACAAGCUGUCCGGUGGCUGUGAGUUGACCGUGGUCCUGUUGGACUUCUCGGCGGGCGGGGCUGAGGAGCUGAGUGUUCGUUGCGGUCAGACCGUGGAGCUAGUGGAGCGGUCCAGUGAGCGAUCGGGCUGGUGUCUGGUCAGGACCACAGACUCACCCCCACAGGAGGGCCUGGUACCCAUGACUGCCCUCUGCCUUUCCCACUCCCACAGCGCUGACAUGGACGGCUUGAUGCCUGCCACCACCGCUGGGAAAGAGCCCAGCCCUGUAGGUUCAGAGGUCAGAUCAGACUCUGGAGCAUCUCUCCAGUCCCAGACAUCCCUGGGCUCCGGUCCUGGCGGUGUGUCCGUCAGUUCCCCCGGCGGAGUGUCUAUUGGUUCUCCUGGUGUGAACGUGGGCUCCCCGGGGCCCAAGCGGAGUGGUUCUGGUACCGGAAACACAUUGAAGCGCUGGCUGACCAGCCCAGUGAGGAGACUGAGCCAGGGCAAAGCCGACAGCCAGGGGAAAAAACCUCCACUACGCACCAGGAGACGUGACAACCGGCCCGAGCUAGCCACGCCGCUCACCGCUAACACACACCUGAAGGGGAAGAGCCGUGAAGACUCUGUCCAGAGUGGAGGAGAGGAGGAGCUGGAGGAGGAUCCACACACACCCCUCCCACCUCCCAUGGAGAUCAUUAAAGAUAGCAACAACCCUGAGGACUCAGAGGGCUCCAACCAGUCAGACACAGAGCAGAAGAACAAAGCCAUGAGAGGUCGCAUGUUUGUGGUUAAUGAAAUGGUGCAGACUGAGAAGGAUUACGUGAAAGACCUUGGUGUCAUCGUGGAGGGGUUCAUGUCGAGGUUGGAGGUGAAAGGGAUUCCAGAGGACAUGAGGGGGAAGGACCUGAUAGUGUUUGGCAACAUCCAUCAGAUUUACGACUGGCACCAGGAGUUCUUCCUGGUUGAGUUGGAGAAAUGUUUGCAGGACCACGACCGACUGGCAGAGCUCUUCAUUAAACAUGAGAGGAGGCUGCACAUGUAUGUGGUCUACUGUCAGAAUAAGCCCAGGUCAGAGUUUGUCGUGGCGGAAUAUGAGACCUUCUUUGAGGAGGUGCAGAGAGAGAUCAGCUGUAGGAUGUCCAUCAGUGACUUUCUCAUCAAACCCAUCCAGAGAAUCACCAAGUACCAGCUACUGCUCAAGGAUUUUCUGAAAUACACUUCUAAAGCAGGGAUGCACUGUGAGGAGAUCGAGAGAGCGGUGGAUCUGAUGUCUCUGGUACCCAAACGCUGUAAUGACAUGAUGAACCUGGGACGCCUGCAGGGUUACGAGGGGAAGCUGACGAGCCAGGGCAAGCUGCUGCAGCAGGAGACCUUCUGUGUGUGGGAGCAGGACGGAGGAGUUCUUUCCCGCAGUAAAGACAGACGCGUCUUCCUCUUCGAGCAAAUCAUCAUCUUCAGUGAGCUGCUCCGUAAAGGGUCCUCCCCACCUGGCUAUCAGUACAAGAAGAGCAUCAAGGUGAGCUACCUGGCCAUGCAGGAGUGUGUGGAGGGGGACCCCUGUAAGUUUGUUCUGUCAUCUCGGGGGUCCGCUGAGCGUUUCACCCUGCAGGCAGCCAGCCCCUCUGUCAAACAGCUGUGGGUCUCACACAUCACUGAGCUACUGGACACACAGAGCAACUUCCUGUCUGCUCUGCAGUCUCCUAUAGAGUACCAGAGGAAGGAGGGUGGGGGAACAAACCUCCUCACCCGACCCCCCUCGGGCUUCGGCCCCAAAGCAUCGGGCCGACCUCCCUCUGUGCCCCCCACCCCUAACGGACACAACACACACACACAGGCAGACGGCGAGGCACAGGACAACGAGCUGGUGCUGGUGAUCCAGGACUUCAGUGCGGUGCGUGAGGAUGAGAUCACGGUACUUCGCGGGGAACGGGUCCAGAUUCUGGCAUCCAACCAACAUGGCCAGUGUCUGGUCUACCGACCGGCCAACACGGAGUCUCCGCCUGCAGAGGGCUGGGUGCCGCGCAGCGUCCUGUUCAACCACUAACUACCAGUUAGAACCAGUCAGAACCAGUUUAGAACCAGAUAUAAACAGUUACAUAACCAGUUACGGCCCAGUUACACUUCACUGAUGCCAGUAAGACCCAGUACCAAUCACACACAUCUGUCAACCUCUUAGUUACUGGUCCCAAAUAGUUACACAUAGUUUAAACUAGUUUACAUCAGUUACAUACAGUCAGCUGCCCCAGUUAAACCAAUCACACACACGUAGCAAACAUCCUCAACAACCGGUAGCAACCAUGAACACUAGUAACCAACUACUGGAGUUCCUUACACUGGUGAAAAGAGGCCAGAGAGCUGCAGGUCCAGACAGAGGGAUUUGAAGUGAAUGGACACACAGUAUGCCUAUGGAACAUCCCAACUGAUGAGGCCCAACUGAUGAGGCCCAACUGAUGAGGCCACUAGGGCCGCUGCCAACUGAUGAGGUCACUAAUGGCUGCAGCCUAUGGAACAUCCCAACUGAUGAGGCCCAACUGAUGAGGCCCAACUGAUGAGGCCACUAGGGCCGCUGCCAACUGAUGAGGUCACUAAUGGCUGCAACCUAUGGAACAUCCAGACUGAUGAGGUCCAACUGAUGGGGCCACUAAGGGCCGCUGCCAACUGAUGAGGUCACUAAUGGCUGCAGCCUAUGGAACAUCCCAACUGAUGAGGUCCAACUGAUGGGGCCACUAAGGGCCGCUGCCAACUGAUGAGGUCACUAAUGGCUGCAGCCUAUGGAACAUCCCAACUGAUGAGGUCCAACUGAUGGGGCCACUAAGGGCCGCUGCCAACUGAUGAGGUCACUAAGGGCUGCUGCCUUUGGAACAUCCACACUGAUGAUGUCACUAAGGGCCGCUGCCAACUGAUGAGGUCACUAAGGGCUGCUGCCUUUGGAACAUCCACACUGAUGAUGUCACUAAGGGCUGCCGCCUUUGGAACAUCCCAACUGAUGAGGUCACUAAGGGCUGUUGCCUUUGGAACAUCCAAACUGAUGAUGCCACUAAGGGCUUCUGCCUCAGUCAUUCCGGAACUCUGGGAUUCUAGAAUAAAACAAGACUGAGAACAGCUGUCAGAGACUCUCCCACCUCAUUAAGGAACCAGACUCAAGUGGAGGGUCAAAGGUAAAAUAUAUCUGCUGGAGACAAGCAAGAAAUGACGUUGUAAUAAUGGUUGUUUUUACAUAUCGGUGAAAAAACAUAGUGUCAGCACGUGAUGUUUAUGCUUUCAUGGCGUGGGGGUCAAAAUAAAUGGACUGAACCCUCACCCACCCACCCCAACCCAUGACCCCGGUGAGGUGACAUCAUUUCCUGUUUGUUAAUAUGUGUAAAAGAAAGCGAAAGUCUCACCACGUAAAUAGAACUCUGAGCGCAUUAUGAAGUAUAUAUAGUUCUUAUAUGAUUCAUAUAUUCUGUUUUUCACCUGAAUAGAAAACAGAGAGAAGACAAGUAUUGUCACGUUAACAUCUGUAUGUGUGUGUGCGUGUGGGUGCGUUUGUGUAUGAGUGCUUGCAUGUAUGGUGUGUGUGUGUGUGUGUGUGUGUGUGUGUGUGUGUGUGUGUGUGUGUGUGUGUGUGUGUGUGUGUGUGUGUGUGUGUGUGUGUGUGUGUGUGUCUGUUGUCCUUUGGGUUCUGUUUGUAUUGAAUAGAAACCCCUGUGUUCUCUGUGUUUUUUCACUGAUCAAUCCCUGUGUCCCUUUGAUGUGGUUUCCUGUUCCUGUAGAGCUGCUGUUGGGCAGUGUGAAGGACUCUAGAGUGGGCAUCCUCAUACUUUUAAAUGUCACCCAGAGUUUGAACCGUAAUAUUAUGCAUUCUUUGGAAAAUAUGUAAAUAGUAUUUUACAGACAUGUACAUGAUUUAACAGGACAAAAGGGAGCUGGGGAACACGUCAGUCCAACUCCUUCAUAUUAAACAGAAGCUUUGCCGCCAUAUUGGAUUUUCAGGUUUUAAUUAACUGCUGAACUAGUUAACCCUUCAACUCUCCCCUGCUCAGGGUAAAAGUUGCCCUUCAGCACAGAUCUAGGAUCAGGUUACUCUCUCCCCAAUCUGACCUUAACCGUGAGUAGAAACACUAAACUGACCCUAGGUCAGUGUCUGGGGGUAACUUCUAACCCCGGUUUGUAUCUGCAGUGGCAGCACUGCUGCCUAUAGCUUCAUACUACACAGGUUAUACAGGCUCUGGGAAAAACUCAAAAGACAUCAUAUUCCCCAUGUAGUGCACUACUUUUGCCUGAAGGAGUGCACUAUAUGGGGAGUAGGGUGUGAUUUGGGACCUAGCCCCUUUUAGCCAUACAGGUUAUUAUACAGUGAUGUGUACUUGCAAAUGGCUGCUAUCUCACCUCUAUGAGUUCUGUAUGGUGGUUUGUAAUAAAGACCAUUUUUCAUCUCUGAAAUGGAA